AUGAGGAAAAUACCCAGCAAACUAUCUAAGCCAUACCAAAACCUACUUGUACAAUCAGAAAACUUAAGGCUCCGAGAAGAGUCUUCUAGAGAUCAAGCACCUAUUUCUGUGGACCCGAUAUCUACUACUCCCCCAGUAGACGAGGAUGCUGAGGCUGAAGAGUUUGUUGAGAGUACGUUUGCUGAUAUGGGGGAUGACGAUGAGGCUGACGACGCUCACGAAGAGGCUCGCGAGGAGGAGCACGAAACAAAGGAUGAUGGGCAAUUGGCCGGUGAACUGCACCAUGUAAAUUUUGGUUUCUCAUCCGUUCAACCAGCUGCUAACACGCGGCAUAGGCGUAGUAUAAGCGAGAAUGUGUCUGCAGGAAUGCCACCUAAGAAUGCUGGCUUUCAGAAAUUGAAGUGUCAUGUGCCAAGGGCUUGGCCGUGGAGCAAUUUAUGGAGGGAACAAAACGGGCCUUUAUCCUUUGAUCCAGAGGUCUUGGCUAACCAAAAACGUCAGUGGUGCCAGCUUCAGCUUAAUCCUAUUAAGACGGUAUACUUGUGUAUGAGGAGACUAGCUUUUUGUAACUGGGUUCAUGUAUUUGUUUCCAUUACUGAUUGCAUCAAGAAUCUGCAGGAGCUAAAUAAAUACCAGGAACCCACAUCAUUUUUUGAGCACUUCAUUGUCAUUGGACUUCAUCCAUAUGUUAAUCUCGAUAUGGUGGAGGAUGCUUUUGCCAAAAGGAAGAAGAGGGAAAUAGAAAUGGAAAAGAAUGGAAUGAUGAAUCGGAGCUUAAUGCAGUACAUGAACUCUCUACAACCAACAAUGGAACCUCAGAUACUUUUUAAGUAUCCUCCACGCAAAAAGUUAUCUUUGCGCUCAAAGGAUUUGGUUGGAUUCUGCUUCCCUGGGGGUGUAAAGGCUCGUGUCAUGGAGAAAACACCAUCUCUUAGUGAUCUGAAUGUCCACGUACAUGGCCAGGAUCACUUAGGCAGAGAUGAUUCGUCAUUUAUAUUUUCACUAAAGGUGGCAAACAAUGCAACACUUUAUGGUGUUUGCUUGCAUGUCCAAGAGAUCGUUCAAAGACCACCUUCUCUUUUAGGUUCUUCCUCACCAGUUUCUCACCCAUCUGGUCGACUUAGUCGUUUUCUAGUUUCGGCUCCUCGAUGUUAUUGUCUUUUAACGAGUGUUCCAUUUUUUGAGUUACAUUAUCAGAUGUUGAACAGUCUUGUUGCGUUGGACCGGCUGAAUAGGAUAACCGAAUUUAUUAAUGACAUGAACAAUGAAUGUCUUUCAUCAUCAACUAGAUUGUUUGAGACAAUCAAUGAAGUUGGGUCUCCUUGUGAAGAACAACGUACUGAUUGGGCAGCUUCUGCUAUACCAAUUGAUAGUGCGGUAGCCCUUGCAGCUGCUGCAGCAGGCAUUCUGCCAGAUGAUGAUGUCCCAUCAUCGUCAUCAAGGUGCGAAUCACCAUCAGCUAGAAGUGUUAGUGCUAGUGAAACUUCAGAUUAUAGUCAAACAAGGGAACUCGAAAAGCAUGAUGAUUAUGCCUCUGAGGCUGCUUCAGAAACACAUUCGGAUUGCGAUAACUUCCAAAAUCAAGAAUCUAUUGCUUCUAACUUCUAUAAGGAUUCUGGGGCAUCCGACAUUCACAAUUUGGAGUCUGUGACAUCCUUCUGGCGUAGAUGUCGGAUGUCUGAGUGUCUGGAAACUUCCAAAAUUUUCAGUCCAGCUAGAAGCCUUGCGUCAGAAGAUGAAGAUGAUGAAACUUGUAGUAGCCAUAUAAGGGAGGAUGAGGAUGAAAUGAUAAUGGAAUGGGCUAGGGAGCAUAAAAAUGAGUUACUGUUAAUAGUUUCUUCCUAUCAUUCAAUGCCCAUUCCCCACAGAGGAAAUGAAAUAGCUAUUCUGCCACUUGAGCACCUACAGCCUUUUGUGUACAGGAGACCGCUUGUGUCCGAUCUUGGUUUAAGUCAAAAAUUUCUGGAACAAAUGAUACAGAAAAAGUUGGAAGUUGAUGAGGUAAAUCGGAAGUUGGCUACUGCUGAGGAAGCUCUGGCACUGUCAAUCUGGGGAACUGCAACUAUCUGCCGGGUAUUAUCCCUUGAAAAUGUUAUGGCAUUUGUUGCCGGGGUAUUACUAGAGAAGCAAUUAAUAGUGGUGUGUCCCAAUCUGGGUAUUUUGUCAGCUGUAAUCUUGUCUCUUAUUCCAAUGAUUCGUCCAUUUGAAUGGCAGAGCUUAUUCCUUCCUGUUUUACCUGGGAAGAUGAUUGAUUUUAUUGAUGCUCCUGUUCCAUUUGUUGUUGGUUUGCAGCAUAAACCAACAGACUGGAAGACAAAAACUUCCAAUCUAAUUUGUAUAAAUGUAGCCAAAAACAAGGUAAAAGCUUUCAACUUGCCUUUACUUCCUCGACAUAAAGAGCUUAUAUCCGAACUGAAGCCAAUUCACGCGAGAUUGUUCUGCGAGAAAUCCACUGCCAGAAGGCGACCUGUAUACAGAUGCAAUGAGACCCAGGCUGAAGCUGCCACACAAUUUUUGACAGUUAUGAGGUCCUACUUAGAAUCACUUUGUUCGGAUUUGAGGAAUCACACAAUUACUAGCGUGCGAUCAAAUAAUGACAGGGUUUCUAUUCUUCUUAAGGACAGCUUUAUUGAUUCAUUCUUGAGUAAAGACCAGGCAUUUGUUAAGUUAUUUGUGGACACGCAACUUUUCUCUGUUCUUUCGGACUCUCAUCUAUCAUGCUAUGAGAACCUUUCAUAGUUGGAUCAUUUUGACAUGUUACUGAAGGGAGCAAGAGAAAUCUGAGGAUGUUUUCUGCAUAGCUCUUUUUAUAUAUAUACAAAUUUUCUACCUAGAUUGAAAAAUUGUGUACCAACAUAUGAUAGAAGAAAAUAACACUCCAAUACCCUUGUAACUUGAAUAAGAUUUGUAACUCAUUAAAUUUGUUCAGUGAAUUCAU